ACACUUGAGUAGGGACUGUACCGUUCCUGAGCUUAUUUUACUGGCUAAUACAGUGAGAGAUUGUUGACACUGAAUUCUCUUUCCACAAAUAAAGCACCUGUAGCCAACCAGACAGAAGGCAGAUGAUGAGUUUGGCCUGCGUUCAGCUGUUCUUUGCUGCCACGUUGUGGACACUGCCGUGCACCACAACAUCUGUGGCAGUGAGCAGCGCAACAGAGCUGCUUCAUCUCAAAGAUGUUACUCUGGAAGCCCAGCUGAGGAACAGCAGCGACACCAGCGCGCCUCGAACGCGGCGGAAACGCUUCAUCUCCAGUAAAGACAUGACGGCCAUUCUGGACUAUCACAACCGCGUGCGCUCACAGGUCUUCCCACCCGCGGCAAAUAUGGAAUAUAUGGUGUGGGAUGAGAGACUGGCAAAAUCUGCAGAGUCCUGGGCCGCUCAGUGCAUUUGGGAUCAUGGACCGCCUCAUGUUUUGCGACACAUUGGACAGAACCUGUCCAUCAUCUCUGGAAGAUACAGAUCGAUCAUUGACCUGGUAAGAUCCUGGUAUGAUGAAAGACACUAUUUCUCCUACCCCAACAGAUGCAGUGGCUCUGUCUGCACACACUACACUCAGAUGGUGUGGGCGACCAGCAAUAAGAUCGGGUGUGCUAUCAGAAGAUGUUCAAAUAUGUAUGUGUUUGGGAGUAUGUGGAAACAGGCCACCUUUCUGGUUUGCAACUAUUCUAUCAAGGGGAACUGGGUUGGAGAGGCUCCAUAUAAGACAGGGAAAUCAUGCUCUGCGUGCCCCUCAAGUUAUGGAGGAUCAUGCAAUAAAAACCAGUGUGACUCCAGAUCAAAAUCCAGAAGAAAUGCAAGCGGUGUCAGAGGCUAAUGGAUAAAAAAAAUCCCUUAAAGUAAAAAAAUCUCUCUUAAAAAAGAAUUAAUAAAUAAAUUACACAAUAGAAACCACUAAAAUGUAAAUUUCACAAUGCAAAUUAUUCCGUGGUCAUUUUAAACUGAACGGCAUUUAAGUGUUGUAAAAUGUCCAAGUAAUCAAAUGUGUAAAUGUCAAAUUGCAUCAACUGUUACUUUGUUUGUUACCACCCCAUAGGUAUCAAAUUUUUAUUUGUUUUUAAAAAUGACUUUCUUAAGAUGUUAAUGUUUAUCCUUUGUUGUUUUUCAAGGCUCUGGACUGUUUGCACUGUUUUGCUUAUAAUUUGUUUGUACUAAGUUGCAUCGCAGUGACAAUUCACAUUGAGAGUAAAGCACUUUCGUUCUUUCA